AUGCCCAACCUUCGCCACAUCGACUACCACGCCCACGGCCUCUCUCUCGGGGACUUCAACGACGCCCGCUGGCUUGCUCUCACGAAGCUCGCGCGCCUCAUCCCCUACUUCGUUCUCUACUCGCUCAUUGUCGUAAUCUUUACCGUCUUUGUCCGCCUUGUCCGCCAUUUGCGACGUCGCACUCGUCGCAAGAGACUCGACGCCGAACAUCAGAGCCUCGAGUUCACCCGUCUUCAACAGCAACUCGCUGCCAAGGAUCGUCAGUCCCAUGUCCUCAGGCGCAUUGGCAACCGCAACUACACUCGCAUGGUCGACGCCCGCGCUGCUCAGCGCCGGACGCAGGCACAGCUCACCCAGCACCAGAACAACGCUGUGCUCGCUGCUCAUCGGCACGCCUUCCAGCUCGUGGCCCUUCAGACCUCCCGCGCUGCUUCUGAUAUGGCAUCUACUACUCAACUCGCUACGCAGUCUCAAUUGUUUGACGCCCAGCUCCACGAUGUGCGUCGCCAUGUCCUCAAGGCUGCCGCCUCGGCCGCUGCUCAAGUUGCCCUCCGCAACGCGGCUUCCGCCGAGCUCGUCGACCGGUCUCAUCGCCGCACAUAUCAGUCUGCUGCGUCCGCUGCCGCGCGCAUAGCCGCUCGCAAUGCUUCUACUCUUGAGCUUGCCGAGCAGUCUCGUCGCCAUGACCAAGAGCUUCUGGCCGCACGUCGGGCCACAUUCAUAGCCGUCGCUCAGACCACCGCGUCCUUUGCCGCCAACAAGUCUCUCUUGGCCCAGCUUGCCAUUACCCAGUCUCAGCUCCGCGACAACCAAGCAGCUCAGUCUCUCGCGCUUCAAGCUCUCGGUGCGAACUCCUUCGAGGAGGCCAUCCACAACAAGCGUAUCUGCGACGAGGAGCACGCGAAGGCGCUCGAAAACCAGACGGCGGUCCUCAAACUCACGUUCGGCAUCAUGGAGGUUACUCACACUGAGGAGCUCGCCGCGAAGGAUUAUGAACUUCACGUUCUUCAGCAGCGCUCGGCCGAGCAGGCCGCCGCUCACGCAGCAUACCAGGCAGAGACACGAGAGCGUGAGGCUCAACUUACAUCGGCGCUUGCUUUCCGCACCACGGAGUUCGAGUCUCUUCAACAACGCUCCGACAAGCAGACCCGCAAAUACGCAGCUGAGCGGGCGGGCGCACAGGAGCGCGAGACGUGUCUCACUGCCGAGCUCUUUUCGCUCUCGACCGACCUCAAGUUUGCUCAUGAGGAGCUCGAGGCCGUCAACAUCGAGUGCGCUACAUACCAGGAGAAGCUUCACGCCGCCGACGUCCUUGCCGACAAGCGCGAGGCACGCAUCGCUGUGCUCAAGGCUAACGUUCAGGAGCUCGGGGCCUGCGCGAAAGACCUCAGCUCCAACUACGAGGAACGCCUCCGCAUCGCAGACCAGCAUGCACGCGACCAGCAUGAGACCAUCAUUUCUUUGCGCGAGCAGCUCGACGAGCUUCAGUGCGCUGCCGCUCCCACGGUGGCCGCUCAGCCCGAUGGUGGCCUUCCCUCGCCUCCUCCUAGUCCCGCAGCCCCUCUAUGUUCUACCCUCUCCGACGACGGUCUCGACCCGAGCUACACCUCCAUUGAUGACGAGGACGACGACAUCCCUAUAACGACGCUCACUCGCCUUCCGCCGCCGCCUCCCGUGGACGCCCGCAACCGGCGCUGGAUCGGCCCGAGUCUCCGGCGCGGUGUUCUCAUCUGCGGCGUGUUCUCUGGCUAUGGCCCUCCUCUCGUCGACAAGCCUUCUCCCGAGCGCAGACUCGAGCUCAUCAUCGACGACAUCGGCGACGUGGGCCUUCCUGGCAACCUUCCUGAGCUUCCUCUGUCCGCGCUGCCGCCGCCUCCGCCGUCGCCAAAGACGUACCCGCGCCCCAAGACGCCCCAUCGGACUCGGACCUCGCGACGUUCUGAACGCCGCAACACGCAGCAUACUACGCUCGCUUCAUCACACACACUUGCAACACGCUCCCGCAUUCGUUUCUCUCUUCUUUCUCUCUUCAUCUCUCGAUUUCUAUCACGCGAUAUACACGCCGCGCUCGUUUCCAUCUCUCAUCUCUAUCUCCUUGCACAUUUCUCUCAGAUCUAUAAUGCUACAUACAUCGCCACCCGGCGCCCACAAGCUACCCGCACAUCCGCAUCCCUCGUGUCCUUGGAUACCCGCGCCGCCGCUCAACACAUGCGUGCUCACCGCCUUGAGCCGGCGCAAACGGCUCCGCGUACUUCGGCCAAGUACCGGACUCCUCCUCGACUCAGCGCUAGCGCUGCAGUUCGCCGCCCGUUGCCUUCUAUUGGGCUUCUCACGGCGCCUUCCUUCUUCGGCGCCUCUUCGCCGCUUGCGGCUGUGCUUUCGUCUUGCUCUCGCGCUUCCGUAUCUGCAUCAUGA